AUGUCGAACAUAAAGAACACCGAAAAAAGGGCUAGGGCAACAAAUUUUACUUUUCGCGAAAAAGAGCUUUUAUUAAAUAUCGCACUUGAAAACCGUCACAUACUUGAGAACAAAGAAUCAAAUGCAGUAUCCUGGAAGGAUAAAAAUAAGUGUUGGUUGAACAUUGCUGAAACAUAUAACUCUAGAACAACAGGCUGUCCAAGAGAUUCCAUCAGUUUGCGUUUGAAAUAUGAAUCGGUAAAAAAACAGUUACGUGGCACUAAAAGCGAUUUGUUUAAAACAGGGGGUGGUCCUUAUAAAGAUCCAUACACAGUGUCCAGUGAUUCGGAGAAAGCUUUAUACCAAAUAUUGCAACUGUCAAUUGAAGGACUACCUAGUCAACAUGAUAGCGAUU